CGGUUGACGAUUACACUCCAGUUGUAGCGCGCUGUCGAGAUGCCAGUGAACGAGGACACGUACUGUGAUACCCUAGGGCCGGCCUGCGUCGAGGAUAUCAACGACGUGUCCACUGGCCUCUCGGGGAGUUUUCAUAAGGGUUUGUCUGGGGAUGGUCAGAGAGGCGUCAUGGACUGUUGUAUCAAGGAAUACGUGAAUGAAGAGCUCUCUGGACAGUUCGAAAGCACUCCGACCAGAGUGAAACACGAAAAAUUUCUCAGAGAUUUCUUCGAAAUUGUUCUCCAGGACGCGGUUUUUGAUGGCACCUCGCGCAAGACCAAGGUCGUGGACUGGGUGGAUCCAGAGAGGCUCCCCUCCACGAUAGACCUCCGCCUGGAAAAAUCUGGCAUCAGCCACGAGGCGCUGUUGAAUUUGGCGCGCGGAGUCGUCAAGUACAGCGUCAAAACGGGGAAUCCCAAAUUUGUCAAUCAGUUGUUCUCAAGUGUCGACCCCUACGGUCUUGCUGGGCAAUGGCUGACAGACGCUUUGAACCCAUCGGUCUACACAUACGAGGUCUCCCCGGUGUUUUCCGUGAUGGAGAAUGAGGUCCUGCGGGAAAUGCGGAAGAUCGUGGGCUGGACAGAGGGAAAGGGGGACGGGAUAUUCUGCCCGGGGGGGUCAAUGGCGAACGGCUACGCCAUAAACCUGGCUCGACACCACAAAUACCCCAGACUGAAGGAAACGGGACUCUCCGGAUCGCAGAGAUUAGUCGUUUUCACGUCCGAGGACGCUCACUACUCCAUAAAGAAACUCGCCGCCUUCCUGGGGAUCGGGACGAACAACGUUCACGAGGUGAAGGUUGACACCCGGGGGAAGAUGUGCCCUGAAGACCUGAAGGCCAAGGUCAAGGCGUGUCUGGAGAAGGGGGGGACUCCCCUGAUGGUGUCGGCCACUUCGGGAACAACUGUCCUCGGGAGUUACGAUCCCCUCAGACGGAUUCACGACGUCUGCAAGAAGUACGACAUGUGGAUGCACGUGGACGCCGCCUGGGGAGGGGGCGCCCUCAUGUCGUCCAAGUACAGAAGACUUCUUGAAGGGAUUGAACUGGCUGACUCCGUCACGUGGAAUCCUCACAAGCUUCUGGCAGCACCUCAGCAGUGCUCCACCCUCCUGACGAGACACGAGAAUCUCCUGCAGUCAGCUCACAGCUCCUGCGCGACGUACCUCUUUCAGAAGGACAAGUUCUAUGACACUUCCUUUGAUUCUGGGGACAAGCAUAUUCAGUGUGGAAGGAGGGCGGAUGUCCUCAAGUUCUGGUUUAUGUGGAAAGCGAAGGGAACCAGUGGAUUUGAGAUGCACGUGGACAAGGUUUUCCAUCUGUCGAGGUUCUUCGUGGGGUUGAUCAGGGGGAGAGAGGGCUGGAGGCUUCUGCAGGAGCCGCAGUGCACCAAUGUCUGCUUCUGGUAUGUCCCGAAGUCCAAGAGGGGGCUCAAGGGGGAGGCGCUGGACCGGGAGCUGCACAGGAUUGCGCCGAUUAUCAAGGAGCGGAUGGUGAAGAAGGGCUCCAUGCUGGUGACUUAUCAACCACUUCAUGGAUUGCCGAAUUUCUUUAGACUGGUGCUGCAGAGCUCGGGACUUACCGAGGGGGAUAUGAGGUACUUUGUGGAGGAGUUCGAGACUCUCGCGGAGGACCUGUAGGAGGGGGAAAUAAUUUUCGAUGGGGGUUUUUUUCUCCAUCAAUUAUUCAAUAAGAAUUCGCUGUACAGUUGUAGAUAUUAAAAGUAUGCGCUAACAUGAUUCCAAAAGAAUUUUGUAAAUUAGUAUUAAUGAAAGAGGUAUUAAACGACAUUAAAAACACUGAUUACUCAUCGAAAUUAA